AUGAAUAUUACAGAAUAUAAUCGCGAUUUGACAAAUAAUACUAUUACAAGUUUUCUCAAUGUUGUACCCAGAAUAAAUGAAAGUUCAUUUGUUAAAUAUAAUUAUCAUAAUGAUAGUAUGGAAUAUAAUAAUAACAUUCAUAUUACAAAUUAUUCUGGUAGUGAUUCACAACAACUUGCAAUGAUUCUUCAACAAUUCAUGUCAGAUAUGGGUGAUAAUGAAACAAUAUAUAAUAUUCUAUCAAGUUUAGAUAUAUUUAAUUCAGAAUCAUCUGUUAUGCCGACAUCAAUAUUUUCAUUUGAAACAUUUUUUCCAUCAUCAACAAGUAAUACAAAUUCUUAUCAUUUUCUUUCAUUUUUAUCACUUUGGUUUGUUUUAAUUGUUAAUCCUAUUGUGAUUUUGUUUGGUGUUACUGGUAAUCUUCUUGCAACAUAUAUUUUAAUACAUUGCAAUAUUGCUAAAUUACCUGUUUCAUUUUAUACAAUUAUGCUCAAUAUAUCGGAUACAUUAAAUUUAUUAAUACCAGUAUUUAUCUUUUGGCUUGACAAUUGCAUUAAUCGAAUACCCGAACGAGGUUAUUUUCGUGAUAGAUCAAAUUUUCUUUGUAAAGCAUUAAUGUGUCCUGAUCAAUUAUUUGCAUCAUUAAGUGCAUGGUACAUGUGUGCAAUAUCAUUUAAUCGUUGGUAUUCUGUAUGUCGUCCAUCAUCAUAUUUUUUUCGUACAACAACAACAACCACCAAUAAUAGAAAUAGUAUUAAGCAUGGACAAAAGAAAAAUUCAUCUAGCUCAUCCGCAACACAAUCCAAUGCAUUAGUUAUACCAUUUUGUUUUCCUAUUAAUUGUUGUUCUUGUUUAACGCGCAAUAUUAAAUUUCGACAACAUUUACAAGCAUUUCGUAGUAUUGCUUUUAUGACUUUAAUGGGUAUAUUAUGUUGUCUUUAUCCAAUAUUUAUGCAUGAGCUGCGACCUUUUAUAUCAACCAAUAGACAUACUUUUGAUGUAAACCAUAAAAUGACUAAUCCACAUCCUACGGUUUGGAAACGAUGCUAUUAUAGUCAAAAACAUGAAUAUGCUUAUGAUGCUAUUGGUAUUAUAUUAUCAUGCUUUUUGCAUCUGUUACCAUUAACAUUUGUUGCUGCAAUGAAUAUAAUGAUUAUAAUACGAUUAAAACAAAGACAAUAUCGCAUGACAAUGGCAACAAAUUCAUUACCAUCUCGAAAAUUAUCUAAAAAAACAAAAUCAUUUAAUUCUUUACAAAAAAAAAAUUCUUAUUUAUUUAAUUCAUCAUCAUCAAAAAAUAGAAAUAAUCAUAGAAGAAGUCAAACUGGUUUACAACCAACAUUAAUAACUAAUCGAAAGGAUCAAGCAACGUCAACUGAUUUAUCAAUUCAAACAUUUUGUGUAUCAAAUCAACCAUCAACUAAAUCAAAUAAUGCAAGAACAACAAGAAGACAUCAUUCAAGAGAUCGAACAAUUACAAUCAUGCUUGUUAGUGUAGCAUUAUCAUAUUUGGUAUUGACUCUCCCAUAUCGUUUAUUUUGGUUAUAUUUCGUUUAUAUAAAACGUGUAUAUCCAACUAAAUUAAGUUCAUCUGUAUAUUUAUUAAAAAUGCAUUAUAUUGAUCAUGUACUUCGUACUAUACGUAAUAUACAUUAUGGUACAAAUUUUGUUUUUUUUAUCUUUCUUUCAAAAACUUUUCGUCGUAAAUUUCGACAAAUAUUUGUUGAAAAAUUUUUUCAAACAACAAAUCGUUUAUUUCAUCGAAAUUCUACAACAAUAAAUACAAAUUAUGUAAUUUAUUCUAAAAAUAAUCGUCAACGACAAAUGGAUUUAAAAUUAGAAAAAAAACGAAAUACAAAAACAAUCAACAUUGAUCCCAUUAUUGGAAUAGAAUCGUUAUCACGAAGUAUAUUUGAUGAAACACCUAGUCUUAUUGGUGAUGUUCGCAUGCAAGAAGAUGAAAUUGUUCCCAUUAUAGAACUUGAACAUAAUAAUCUGUCACGAUAUGAUGACGAAUCAUAG